GAUUUGGGUUCAAAUUGAGUUCCACCGUACGCAAAACACAGGAAAUCAUAGCACUUGUUUUGGUUUUUAACAACUCUACUCACUCAUCGUUCUCUGAAGUCUGAACCCUAACGACGCUGGCGGCCGGAUCUACCACAUUUACUAAGAAAAGAUGAGUCGCUCAAGCAGAACGCUCUAUGUUGGGAAUCUUCCUGGGGAUAUUCGCGAACGGGAAGUGGAAGAUUUGUUUUACAAGUAUGGUCGAAUAGCCCGCAUUGAUUUGAAAGUCCCACCGAGGCCUCCGGGUUAUGCUUUUGUUGAGUUUGAAGAGUCCCGAGAUGCUGAAGAUGCAAUCAGGGGUCGUGAUGGGUAUGAUUUUGAUGGUCACAGAUUAAGGGUGGAACUUGCCCAUGGUGGACGUGGAAACUCAUCUUCUACAGAUCGUCAUAAUAGCCAUAGCAGUGGUCGGGGCGGCCAUGGUGGAGUUUCUAGACGAUCCGAUUAUAGAGUUUUGGUGACUGGGUUACCCUCUUCGGCAUCAUGGCAAGACCUUAAGGAUCACAUGCGUCGAGCUGGGGAUGUUUGUUUCUCCCAAGUUUUCAAGGAGGGUGGUGGUACCACAGGGAUUGUGGACUACACAAACUACGAUGACAUGAAAUAUGCCAUACGCAAAUUGGAUGACUCAGAGUUUCGAAAUGCUUUCUCACGUGGAGUGAUACGUGUGAAGGAGUAUGAUUCCAGUCGGUCUAGGAGCCGUAGUCGCAGCCGUAGCAAGAGCUAUAGCCGUAGCCGCAGCAGGAGCAGAAGCAAGUCCCCAAAAGCAAAACCAUCUCGGCGCUCAAAAUCCCGUUCGGGGUCCGCCUCUCCUCGUUCCCGUUCUGGAUCAGAACCCCCGCGCCCAUCAGCAAGAUAUGGAUAUGGAUAUAUACAGCUUGUCAGGGGAUUGCAUGUUAGGAUUGAUGGAUAUGGAUUGCAAUGAAAAGGCUGGAUUUUGAAUAUGGGAGUGGGGGCUAUUGCAUUGCAGUCAUGAUUUAAAAAGUUGUUGGAUGGAUCUCCAAAAAUAUACACGAGAUAAUUUGUUUAAACAUAUUGGCAUGAUUCAUGAAUGAGAAGGCUACUACUAUUGGAUAAGAGGAACAUACAUUUGGUUGGAUGGAUGGAUAUUAUUAAACUCGCUUGUUUCUGGAACUUUUGCAGAUCUCCUUCAAGAUCCAGAUCCCCCCCACCGUCUCGCCCAAAGCCUGCUGCUGCUACCAGUAAAAGUCCAAAAGGCAAGAGCAGGAGUAAGAGUCCAAGCAGAAGCAGAAGCAGGAGCAGGAGCAAGAGUUUAUCAAGGUGAUGGAGUAGCAGAAAAAUGGUUGCUUGCCCAAACAACUCUACUCUAAAUUCACAUAUAUUUAACAUUUCUUGUGAUAAAAAAGGAUAUGGGGAGCCAAGCUCAAUAUUGGACUAUUUAUAUUUGCUUCACAAAUUUGCUCAACUUUGUUGUACUCCAAUGUGUAUUGUUGAUUAAUUUUAUUCGGAUCCCAAUAUAAAGCCAUAUUGAUUCGCUUAAGCUAUUUCAUCAAAUUUUAAUUUAGGAUUGAUUGCCUACUUGGCAAGGAUGUCUGACCCUGAUUGCAAGGCACAAUUACGAAUGAUGAAUUUUGUCAUUUUCGCUUAUACUUGCACGCAAAGAAGCAAAGAAGCAUGGUAGGCUUGGCUACAAUGCUAGCCAAUGAUCUUAUUGACGUCCAUGAAUUGGAAAAAUCUGAUUCUAUAAUUUUUCUAUUCCACACCUGUCUGUCUCAUCUUGUUAAAAGUAAAGUGCUUGAAAUUCUUUUGGAUGGAUUUCAAAGAUCAAUUAAGCAGUCUAGUGUUGUUUUUUUUAGGUUGGAAGAAUCGAGUUCCAAUUUAUUUUACUUUGUGUGCUAUGUCAUACGGCCUG